CUUCUCCAAACUCUCAGUUUACUAGAAACAGCGCAGGAAGAACAUGGAGGUUUUGCCCACUUCAUCUCCUGUGUUCAUGGUACACAGGAGAGAACCCGAAUUUAUAGCUCCGUCUAAACCCACACCUCAUGAAUUUAAGUACCUAUCAGACAUCGAUGAUCGAAAAGGUCAUCGUUUCCACUUUCCUGCUAUUUUCUUCUAUCCAAGCAAGACUGAUGAUGCUUCUACGGCUAGUACUUGUAAAGGAAAAGACCCAGUGGAUGUUAUUAGGAAAGCAUUAGCCAAGGUACUCGUUUUCUACUACCCACUUGCCGGUAGGCUUAGGGAAGCCCCCGGGGAUAAGUUAAUUGUGGAAUGCACUGGUGAAGGUAUAAUGUUUAUCGAGGCUGAUGCUGAUGUUUGUCUAAACCGAUUGGGUGGUGGUGAUGCCUUAAAACCACCAUUUCCUUGUUUGGAAGAACUCCUAUAUGUCCCACCUGGUUAUCAAGAUUUCCUGAACUCUCCUUUGUUGUUCAUUCAGGUGACUCGUCUUAUCUGCGGAGGUUUCAUCUUUGGUGUUCAGUUUAACCACACCAUUUUUGGCGGUCCAGGUCUAGGCCGGUUCAUGAUAGCUCUGGGCGAAAUUGUUCGAGGCGAAGUAUCUCCGUCUAUCCCUCCGGCUUGGCAAAGACACAUACUCAAUGCUCGAGACCCGCCACAAGUCACCUUUGAUCAUCGAGAAUACGAUGCGACUAUGUCAGACAACAACACGCUCCCUCUCUUAAUUCCACAGGAGAUAGAUUACCGUUACUUCUUUUUUACCGGCAAAGAAGAAGGAGCUCUAAGAGCGCAGUUACCAGUUCAUCUCCAGGCGUGCAGUGCCUUUGAAUUGCUUACAGCAUGUUUGUGGAGAUGCCGCACAGUUGCACUCGGUUCGGAUCCCAAGGCUCGAGUACGUGUAGUGAUGGCUGUUGACACACGUUGGAAAAUUAAACCACCACUGCCGGCAGGGUAUUACGGGAACACGAUGGUGUAUCCUGCAGCAGUGUCAACAACUGAGAAGUUGAGUCGUAAUCCAUUCGGUUUUGCUGUGGACUUAGUGAAGAAGGCUAAGAACGAAGUGAAUGGAGAGUACAUUAGAUCAACAGCAGAUCUUAUGGCGACAAAAGGGAGACCUAUCAUUUCUACAGAGGGGACCUAUUUCGUCUCAGAUGUGAGAAAAACUCCAGAUGAAAUGAUUGAUUUAGGAUGGGGAAAGGAAUUAUACGGUGGAUGCGCCAUAGAUAAUCAAUGCGCAACUCUUUGGAUGUCAAGCUUUUACAUGUCUUAUAGGAACAACAAAGGAGACGAAGGUAUUCUAGUUCCGGUUGGUUUGCCAAGGCUGGCCAUGAACAAGUUUGUUGUUGAGAUCCAGAGCAUGACCAUGAUAAAACCAAGUGUUCAAGGCCUUCAUCCCAAGACUUCCCAGCUCACGAGCUUAAUUUAUAGAAAGUCUGCACUGUAGAAAAUUAAUUAUAUGUGUGCACAAAACCGGACUUGCAUUUAUGUAACGAGUAUCCGGCAAGCAGAAUAUU